UGUACUCGGCCCUACCCCCUGACAGCCUGCGGCGGGUGGUACUAGGGGAUGGCGGCUGCAGCUGUAGCUUCGACGGCGCGGUGGGUGCGAGUUAGGGCCGGGGUCGUGGAGGCAGCCAGGCUCCGUCGCCAGCUGGGAGGAGCUCGGCUCGGGCGGCUCUUCCUCCUGCCUUCGGUUGCUCGGGAUGUGGCCCAGAGGCGGCAUGUGGCUCACUUCACCUUUCAUCCGGACCCGGAGAACAGGCAGUAUGGACAAACCCAGAAAAUGAAUCUUUUCCAGUCUAUAACAAGUGCCUUGGAUAAUUCGUUGGCCAAAGAUCCUACUGCAGUAAUUUUUGGUGAAGAUGUUGCUUUUGGAGGAGUCUUCAGAUGUACUGUUGGCUUACGAGACAAAUAUGGUAAAGACAGAGUUUUUAAUACUCCACUGUGUGAACAAGGAAUUGUUGGAUUUGGUAUUGGAAUUGCAGUUAAUGGAGCUACUGCCAUUGCAGAAAUUCAGUUUGCAGAUUACAUCUUCCCUGCUUUUGAUCAGAUUGUUAAUGAAGCAGCAAAAUAUCGUUAUCGCUCUGGAGAUCUCUUUAAUUGUGGAGGCCUUACAAUAAGAGCCCCUUGGGGUUGUGUAGGCCAUGGGGCACUUUAUCAUUCUCAGUGUCCUGAGGCCUUUUUUGCUCACUGUCCAGGAAUAAAGAUAGUUGUACCUAGAAGCCCUUUCCAAGCCAAGGGACUACUUUUGUCGUGCAUAGAAGACAAAAAUCCUUGCAUAUUUUUUGAACCUAAAAUCCUUUACAGGGCAGCAGUGGAACAAGUGCCUGUGGAGCCAUAUUAUAUUCCAUUAUCCCAAGCUGAAGUGCUACAGGAAGGGAGUGAUGUUACUCUAGUUGCUUGGGGAACUCAGGUUCAUGUGAUCAGAGAAGUAGCAAGUAUGGCUCGUGAAAAAUUGGGAGUUUCUUGUGAAGUAAUUGACUUGAAGACUAUUUUACCUUGGGAUGUAGAUACAGUUUGUAAGUCAGUGGCCAAAACUGGGCGACUCAUGAUCAGUCAUGAGGCUCCCUUGACAGGAGGCUUUGCAUCGGAGAUCAGUUCUACAGUUCAGGAAGAAUGUUUCUUGAAUCUUGAGGCACCAAUUUCAAGAGUGUGUGGAUAUGAUACACCAUUUCCUCAUAUCUUUGAAACAUUUUACAUCCCAGACAAAUGGAAAUGUUAUGAUGCCCUUCGAAAAAUGAUCAAUUAUUGAUAAAAUAGAGGCUAGAGGAAUAGAACUAGAUGCAAAAGUAUUUUAAUGGACUUUGAUAUUUACUCAGCUUUGUCUCUUCUUCGUGUGGACAUCAUAUGAAACCAUCUAUCCGGGAUAUUGGUCAAGAAGAAGCUAAAGCUCAUCCUGUCUAUUAGAAAAUACAAAAAGGAUAUUUCAAGUAGUGAAUAGUUUAAUGUGGGCUUUAUAAAAUUUUUCACAUACUAUGGGUAUAAACACUAUUAAGUAACCUUGCUUGGUUACCUCUUUAAAUGACUUCUCUGUAAAUAGGGGAUGUGGGAUUAUAUUCAAUAAAGCUUUUUCAGGUUGUCAGGUUUUUUUCCUCAUGUUGUUUCUAGCAAAAUCCGUCAUUGUGAAUUCCCAAAAUUUUGAAGCAUAAAUCGGUUGUUGGUUAAGUCAUAAUAAAAUUGAAAUGGAAAUUGA